AAUCCAUGGUCCAAGCUAAUGACCGAAUCUUGGGUAGAAAUUCCAACCCCAGCCUAUCAUUGUUGACUGUCCCAAUUAACAAAUUCUAGCUACAACUUGACUACAGGAAAAGUAUGCAUCACAAGACGAUACUCCUAUAUUGCAGCUGGGGACUUGUGGUGGAACUGGAAUAAGAGAGAAGUUGCUCUGUCUCAUAUCCAUCUGCCAUUUCUGACCAACAUGAUUAAGCUUGCAGUCCUCAUCCGAGGAACUGCACUGCUCCUUUGUCUAUUGAUAUUCCAAGCAGCAUCCGCUUCCCAUGGUCAAGCGACUGCAUCAGGAGCCUGCAUCGGCGGCGAGCGAGAUGCGCUUCUGUCCUUCAAGGCAAGCCUCUUGGACCCUGAUGGUCGCCUGUCAUCAUGGCAGGGCGACGACUGCUGUCGAUGGAAGGGAGUCCGUUGCAGCAACAGAACUGGCCAUAUCAUCAAGGUCAGCCUCCGCAGCAUCGACAUGUAUGGCUACGUGAGCAGUUUAUUCAGCUUGUCGGCAGGGGAGAUGAACUUUUCUUUGGCUACUUUACAACACCUGAGGUAUCUUGAUCUGAGCUGGAAUUACUUCAACGGCACAAGCAACCCUGUGUUCUUGGCUUCUCUCAAGAACCUAAGGUAUCUCAAACUCUCGUAUGGAUUCACUGAAAGAAUACCUUCCCAACUUGGCAAUCUCUCAAAGUUGCAAUAUCUAGAUGUCAGUGGGAAUUCUUUUCAUUCGGAUAGUUACUCAGUGAAUCUUGCAUGGUUGCCACGUCUUUCUUCUUUGGUCCAUCUCGACAUGAGCGGUGUUGAUCUUAGUUCUGCCGAGGAUUGGCUUGAGACGGUGAACAUGCUUCCUUCUCUUAAAGUGCUUCGCUUGAGCUUCUGUGAACUCAAUCUUCCCGUAUCUGCUAGCAUGUCACAUUCCAACCUCACACAUGUCGAGAUACUUGAUUUGUCUUAUAACAAAUUCUAUACUAAUUCACUCAAGCACGCAUGGUUUUGGAAUCUCAUAAGCCUCAAGGAACUUUACCUCCAAGAUUCCGGCUUGGAAGGGGCCAUUCCUAGUAACUUGGCAAACAUGACGUCCCUUCAAGUCAUAGACUUCAGUGGGAACAACCUUGUGGGUCUGAUACCAAACAAAUUAGAUAAUCUGUGCAAUUUGACAAUAAUGAGGUUUAGCGGUAUCAACACUGGUUCGAGCAUAGGGGAGUUCAUGGAGCGAUUGCCAAAGUGUGCAUGGCAUACAUUGCAAGAAUUGUCAGUGCAGGGUGCAAAUAUGACCGAGAAUCUACCCAUUUGGAUUGGGAACUUGACAGGUCUCGCCGUUCUUCAAGCAUCUCAAAACAUGUUAACUGGCCCUCUACCUGUAGGAGUUGGAGCACUCCGUAAUUUAAAAAUGUUGGACCUCAGUUAUAAUAAAUUUAGCAGUGUGCUCACAGAGGAGCAUUUUGCGGGCCUACUGAAUUUAGAGUAUCUGGACUUGUCAUACAACUCUUUGAGAUUAGCUAUCAAACACAAAUGGGUUCCUCCAUUUAGAUUGAAGGUUGCAGGUUUCGGUUCAUGCCAACUGGGCCCCAGUUUUCCAGAGUGGCUUAGAUGGCAAUCUGACAUUGAUGUUCUUGUUCUCAGUAAUGCAAAUCUAGAUGAUGUUAUUCCUGAUUGGUUUUGGGUGACAUUUUCCCGAGCUUCAUUCUUGCAAGCAUCAGGAAAAAAAUUGCAUGGCUCAUUACCGGGAGAUCUACAACACAUGUCAGCUGACCACAUAUAUCUUGGGUCCAAUAAGUUUACGGGCCAAGUACCACAUUUACCUAUAAAUAUAUCAAGACUAAACCUAUCUUCAAACUAUUUCACUGGGUCAUUGCCAUCAGAGCUGAAUGCCCCACUACUCGGAGAGUUGUUGCUUGCAAAUAAUCAACUUACAGGCACCAUCCCGUCAUCUAUAUGCCAAUUGACUAAACUGAAUAGGUUGGACCUAUCAGGAAACCAUUUAACAGGAGAUAUUAUGCAGUGUUGGAAGGAAUCUGAUGCAAACUCUAUGAAUCAAUUUGGUUUUGACAUGCUAAGCUUAGCCCUGAAUAACAACGGUCUCACUGGUGAAUUCCCUAAAUUUCUUCAAAGGUCGUCAAGGUUAAUGUUCCUUGAUCUUUCUUACAAUUGGUUAUUUGGAGGAUUGCCUGAAUGGUUGCCAGAAAAAAUGCCACAUCUGAAAAUAUUAAGACUGCGAUCAAAUAUGUUCAGCGGCCAUAUUCCUAAGAAUCUCACUUCCCUGGACAGUCUUCAUUAUUUGGACAUAGCACACAACAAGAUAACAGGAAGCAUACCAUGGUCUUUGUCAAACCUGAAGGCAAUGAUGACAGUGGUGUCGCAGGACACGGAGUAUUACAAUUUUGAAGAUAGCAUCCCAGUAUACACAAAGGACCAAAAGCGUAACUAUACCUUUGUAAUCUACAAAUUGCUAGUGAUUCUUGAUUUGUCAAGUAAUAUUUUGACAGGACAUGUUCCGGAGGAGACAACUCUACUCAUUGGGCUUAACAAUCUGAACUUGUCAAAUAAUCAACUCACAGGAGCAAUCCCAAACCAAAUUGGUGAUUUAAGGCAGUUGGACUCACUCGACCUAUCCUUCAAUGAGUUUUCUGGUGCAAUACCAUCAAGUUUGUCAGCUUUAACUUAUUUGAGCCACUUGAACUUGUCAUACAACAAUCUGUCCGGUGCAAUACCACCCGGACAACAGCUACAAACUCUUGGCAACCAGAUGUACAUCUACAUCGGUAACCCUGGUCUUUGUGGAGAUCCGGUUGGCAGGAACUGCUCAACACAUCAUGCAGAGCAAAGUGGCCUUGAAGAUCUAGAGCAUAUGCCAUCUGUCUAUCUUGCCAUGAGCAUUGGAUUUGUGGUGGGUCUGUGGACAGUUUUCUGCACCAUGUUGAUGAAGAGAACAUGGAGGGCUGCCUUCUUCCAGUUUGUUGAUAUGAUGUAUGACAUGGUUUAUGUGCAAGUGGCUGUAAGGUGGGCUCACAUGAUGGAGAAAACUCAAGACGGUGCACCAUGAAGCGCCCAACUCUACGGCAAGCGAAUUGUUUGUAUCUAAAUAGUAUUUGUAUGUUUGCACCAUUUCCCUAUUUGUAGCUCUAAAUGAGCCUUGGCUGGUUGUUGGUACUGUAUUGUACUAUUAUUUGUUUGUUUGCACCGUAUCUCUAUUUGUAGUUCUAAAUGAGCCUUGGCUCAACGUUUGUACUUUAUCGUAUUGGUAUUUGAGUAUGUCUGUACUUUAA